GGCAGGACUGAGAAACAAAGCCGUGGCGGGGUAUAUAAAAGACAGAUUGGAGUGAGGGGCUCACUCAGUCAGGAUGCUGGUCAGUUGGGUUACUGUGACUUUGCUUGUGUGCAGCGGCGGUAGCAGCUCACUGCCUAUUCCCCGGGAACGGGACCAGCAGCAGCGCCGGGGCAGGAGUGAGGAACUGAAAUUCCCCAGUCUAAAGCAGAGGCCUGGGAGAUGCCAGUUACAGUCCCACCACAAAGAUCUGUUGCAACCAAUUGAACGUGCGUUUCACAACACUGGGGGUACCUCAACAUUCCUUAACCCUCGCCGCUGUGGUGUUCCUGAUCUACCAUCUGGGAAAAAUAUUCAGCAUGGCUCCAUGAAAAGGAAACGACGCUUUGUGCUGGCAGGAGGACGGUGGAACAAAACCGACCUGACAUACAAAAUAGUGCGAUUUCCUUGGCAACUCAACCAAGUAAAAGUAAGACAUGCUAUUGCUGAAGCAGUGAGAGUGUGGAGUGAUGUAACUCCUUUAACGUUUACCGAGGUACAAGACACCAGUGCUGAUAUUAUCAUUGAGUUUACACGGUAUUGGCAUGGAGAUAAUCUGCCCUUUGAUGGCCCUGGAGGGGUGUUAGCUCAUGCGUUCUACCCUCAAACCCCUCAGGCUGGGAAUAUUCACUUUGACUAUGAUGAACUGUGGACCACUGACAGCAACAAGGGUACAGACCUCCUUCAAGUAGCGGCGCACGAGUUUGGCCAUGCACUUGGACUGCAACACUCUAGGAUCCCAAAAUCCUUGAUGUCACCUUAUUAUACUUUCCGCUAUCCACUGAGUCUGGCCGAGGAUGACAGACAAGGAAUACAGUAUUUAUAUGGCAGCUCUCAUGGCUAUGGAGUCAAACAACCAAAUCCGGACAUGGAAAGUAAUGAAUUACCCAGGGUUGACCAUCAUGGAAAUGAGCCAGAUGCUUGUGAGACUGACUUUGAUGCGGUGUCGAUGAUCCGUGGAGAACUCUUUUUCUUUAAGUCGGAGUACGUUUGGAGAUUGCGGGAUGGUCAGCUGCAGCCCGGUUACCCAGCAUUGGCCUCACGGCACUGGCGGGCAAUCCCUGAUCACAUUGACGCAGGAUUUGAGGACUCAUCUGGGAACUUUUGGUUCUUCCAAGGUUCCAAUUACUGGAUCUACGAUGGAGAGAAUCAAGUCUUUGGGCCCAAGUUAAUCUCCGAGUUGGGACUAUCUGCCGUGGAUAUCCAGGCUGCUCUGACGUGGGGCUUGGAGGAGAAGAGGAAGAUCUAUUUCUUUAAAGGAAAUAAUUACUGGCGAUUCGACAUGAACCAAAAUGCUUUGGACAGUGUCUACCCGCGCAGUACUAAUGACUGGCGAGGUAUUCCUGCCAACAUCGAUGGGGCAUUCCAGGACAUGCAUGGUUAUGCCUACUUUCUCCGUGGAAGGUAUUAUUGGAAGUUUGACCCUGUGCAGGUGAAGGUACAGGAAGGAUAUCCACGGCUGAUAGGCCAUGAUUUCUUUGGAUGUGCCUCUUCUCGUCAGUUGUACACAUGACUCUGACAGACAGUCAAGACGAUGGGAGCUACUGGUGGAGAUUCCCAAACUGUGACUUUCCCAUCUACCAUUCACUGGCUCUUUCUCAUUUCCCACUUCCUUUCCUGGAAUUUUCUUCUGAACAAUAAUCCAUAAUUAGUUUGAUUCUUGAGUUGUGGCAAGCUGGAGAAAAAUUUGGCACAAGUGAGCCUCUGUUUGGUCCUCUAGAAUUAAGGUGACUGAAGACCCUACUUAGGGAUAGCUGCCAUUCUAACCUAAAACUGUACAAUACCAACAUGUGGAAAGCCUAAAUACAAUUCAAAAGAAAGCUAAUAUUGGACAGAUAUCUGAUUACUUUUUCAGCUUGGCAGAGCCUAUUAUAUUAUCUGCAUUAGUUGAUAGUUUCUAGGCAGGGACUUAUUUUGAGGAGGGAAAUGCUUUGUCUUUCACGUAAAAUCAUAUCAUCAGGUUUGGAGCCUUAGUGUGAGAAAUAAUUUGACAAUGACAGAAACAUGAGGUGGGAGUGACCUGGGGCUCAGACCCAGCUGCUGGACAGCCACAUUGGGUACUGUGUCUCUAUGUAUACAAUUAUCGAGUACACACUCCCACUGAACAAGUGUCUGUCAGAUCAUCACACUCAUUGCUCUGCCUGAAAUCAGGCAGCAGAAUAGAAAAAGUGAUGAGAGAUAACAGAUUUCCCAUUUUUUCUGCUUAUCAGCUCUCCUGUAUUGACAGGCUUCUUAAAACCACAUCAUGCAAAGAAGGUGAAUUAGAAACUGUUAGCUCAGUGGAUAAUUCUGCUUCUUUAUAGUGCAAUUUGCAACAUUCAUUAGGAUGCAGGUUCACUCCCUAGUGUGUGCAGCUGGAUGUAGCUUCAACUCACAUUUUCUCCAUUAGUGAAUAUACAAUUAACUAUGACCCACUCCAAGCAUUCCCACUUCACAGUUAGAGCACAAUUGAGCAGGGAUUUGGAGGUGAUCCUCAUUCAGAAUUAUUAUAGUGCAGCUGAAGACCACUGGCCCAUCGUGCCUGCGUCAAGUCUAUUAUCUAAAUUGGUUCUAUUAUCUAAUGCCAAUCUCCUACCUUCUCUAUGUAUCCCUGAACACUUGCUAUAAAAACACAUUUCAUUUCCUGUUGAAUACCUCCGUUGAACGUGUUUCCACUUUUCGAGGCAAUGCAUUACAUAACCACACUCCAGUCCUUACUCCCUGUGCUAAACCCCUGCCCUCACUUCAUGUGAUAAGCCUCUAACUGCAUUCCUUGUACUCAGCCCCUGUCCCUAUUCCAUGUAAUAAGCCCUCCCCUCACUACCUGUGCUCAACCCUUGCCCUCAUUCCUUGCAAAAAGCUGCUGCCAUACUCUCUGUGCUCAGCCCUUGCCCUUACUCUAUGUGAUAAGUCCUCACUUCCAUUCUCAGUCUCUUCCCUUGCUCUGUUCGCAGUGCCUGCCCUGACUCCCUACGCUUAGCCUCUGCUCUGACUCUUUGUGCUCAGCCCCGGACUCAAUCCCUGGCUUCAGUUGGCUAAGCCCCUAUCUUCACUCUGUGCUGGAUUCUACCCUCACUCCCAGCCUUCACACAUGCACCAUCAUAUGGGGGUUCUUCAGCAGUGACUAGGACAUAAUCCCCUCCCAGACCCAGGACCAUUAAAUCAUUACAUAAUUCCCUACAUAAAAAAAAACACUGGAUGUCAAAACAAAGACAGAUGGAGGCCAAUUGUCUAGCGAAUCAUAUUCAGAUUAAAUCCUGAUUGACUCCAGAUUGUUUCCGACUGACAGAAGAAGAGCUUCUGUCAAAUACCUAGCAACAUGUUCAGACUUCUGUGAAUUUAAUGGGACCUGGAUAAAGAAUGAGUUAGCAUCCCAUGUGACACAAUGGCCUUUUCUUUUUAACCAUGGAUAUCAGGUCUCCAAAGUAGGAACAAAUGGGGAUUAUAAAUGCUGCAUUUGCCAUCGUGAGAGAAGAUCAGCAGUCAUUUUGGAGAAUUGGCAUCCUCCUAACUGAUCACCUCCAAGCUUGCUAUCCAAUUGUUUUUGAUGUCAACAGCUCUGGAAUCUAGGAUAGUGAUCAGUUUUUUUUUUCUCCUUUAAUCAUUAAUGAGAUGAGGGCAUCACUGGCGAGGCAGCAUUUAUUGCCCAUCCUUAAUUGCCCAGAGGGCAGUUCAGAGUCAACCACAUUGCUGUGAGUCUGGAGUCACAUGUAGGCCAGACCCGGUAAGGAUGGCAAUUUCCUUCCCUAACGGGCAUUAUGAACCAGAUGGGUUUUUCCUGACAAUUGACAAUGGUUUCAUUGUCAUCAUUAGAUUCCUAAUUCCUGAUAUUUUUAUUGAAUUCAAAUUCAACCAUCUACUGUGACGGUAUUUGAACCUGGACCCCCAGAAUGCUAUUUGGGUCUCUGGAUUAACAGUCCAGCAAUAAUACCACUAGGCCAUCACCUCCACCACAUGAUGCAGGUUGGCACUGUUGUGGCAGCUCGCAGGCAAUCUGAAGGCUCAUUGCAGGGUGCUAUAUAGUUCUACAAAAAUGAAUGAAAUGUGGGCCAGCAGCUCCAUUGGAAUGGAUGGGAAACCCUUCCACUACAUCAAGGUUGCCUGAGAUUGAAGUUCUAUCAAUAAGAAAUGUAUCCUCAAGUUCCAGUGGCAUCUAAUCCCUAUCCCAGCACACCCAAGUCCCUUGCUCUCAUGCAAGCUUGCCAGGAGAAAUGUGAGUGAGGUGGAGGUCCUCUUUGAGAUGGGCUGCCUCUCCAAUGGCAAAGGAGCAAUGAGAUUGCCAACUUGGCCUGAAUGGCAAGUACAAUUCUGUUGGAAAGCUACUUGUUGACAAAAGCCAGAAAGUAAAUGAUUGUAUCCUACCAGGGUACAGACUGUUUGGAAACAAAGGGGAAGGUGGCUACUAGGAGAAUGGAGUGCGUAAAAUGUGAAACCUAUUCCGAUUGACUUUCUGAUGGAUUGUGCUGAGUCUCAGACCUGACACUCAACAGCAUUCUCACCCUCCCAAUUUGUCUCUGGACCAACACUUUUUUUUUGUAUUUUUUGACAAUAAAUCAUGAUUUCUA